ACUUCUUAUCAAUUACAUAUUAUCAUCAAUUUUAAUAAAAUACAGCUUAGAUUUCAUUAUAUUGUUUAAGAACAAAGUGAAAACAAGUAAAAGAAAACAUAUUUGCAGAAAUGGCAACGUUGAAUUCUAGUGUAUUGGCAUGCAACUAUGCCAUCUCAGGCACCGGCUCAUCGGAUCUUAGCUCAAAGUUAACGGCAAUGCCUUCAGCGGUAUCUGUAGGUGUUUCGGGUCCCAAGUUAGUUGCGAUCAAAGCCCAGCAAUCGAGAGCUGAUUCGAAAACCGACAGUAGAAGAGGUGCUAUGCUUUGCCUUGCAGCCACCCUUUUCAGCACUGCUGCUGUUGUUUCAUCUGCCAAUGCUGGAGUCAUUGAAGAUUACCUUGAAAAGAGUAAAGCUAACAAGGAAUUGAAUGACAAGAAGAGACUGGCUACAAGUGGUGCAAAUUUUGCAAGAGCAUACACAGUUCAAUUUGGAUCAUGCAAGUUUCCUGAGAACUUCACAGGUUGCCAAGAUCUUGCCAAGCAAAAGAAAGUUCCAUUUCUGUCUGAGGAUUUGGAAGUGGAGUGUGAAGGAAAGGACAAAUACAAGUGUGGUUCCAAUGUAUUCUGGAAAUGGUGAAAGCCAAAAGCUCUCUCUUUGAAUUUCCUCUAGAUCAACAUGUAUCUAUUUCGUCAUGCAACACUUCAACUCUAUAUUUUGUCGUUCGUUA